AUGCUUGGACACCCUCAAAGACCGAGGACGAAAACAUGGCGGUCUCCUUGCGUCUGGGUCGUCAAGGAAUUUUAUUUGGCAUCAAAUUGUCCCGUUUCAACAGAUCUUUACGGCUUAGACACCCAUCCCAGGCUGGUGUGAGAUACUUCUUUCAGUCGCAAUGGAUGCUUGGUGUCAGCCCACUCAAGGUGCAAAUGCCAGCUCUCUCCCCCACCAUGGAGCAGGGGAACAUAGUGAAAUGGCUGAAAAAAGAGGGUGAAGCAGUGGCAGCAGGUGAUGCUCUUUGUGAGAUUGAGACAGACAAGGCUGUGGUUACCAUGGAAUCCAGUGAUGAUGGUGUUUUGGCAAAGAUAUUGGUGAGUUAGCAAAUGUAGACUUGCACACCCAUAAACCUUUCC